AAACUUUUCUCACUAAUAAUUGUACAACUUUAUCUUUUAUCCUCAUUUAAUAAUCUGUCAAGUUCAUCUGGUCAAUUGAAUUGUAGAAUUUAAAAAAUAGUCUCGAUCAGACUAUUUCAAUUAGAAUGUUGUGUUACGACCAUUAGCCUUUAUUGUCUUCGCUUCAUUUUCUUAGCUCAUUAGUCUGAUUUUCACUUUGUCUUCAUCAUAACCUGUCAAUCCACAUUUUCAACGUAAGGAAAUAAAAUGGUGAUGGUGGUGAUUUCUCAUUGUAUUUAAUUGGUUCCAUUUUCCUUGUGUGAUUGUAGGUUCUUCACACAACUAAUCUAGCCUACUACUGCUAAUUUCGUCUUUCAUCUUCAUUUUCAUCAACUAAUAAGUUUGUCUGUGAUCUUUGAUUAGCUUUUGCUUUUCUCAUUGACUUGUGUGAAUUUGGAUAAUUUCAAUCAACCAUUUGGGGUUAUAAUUAUCAACAUUCAAUUUUUACUUUUUUGUUGUGUCUUAAUUGAUUGCUGAUUCUUGUUUCAUCUUGAUACAAAUUUUCCUCGAUUACUAUGCCGGUUACUUUGACUAUUAGAUAUCUAGACAAAUACAAAUCGAUUAUCAAAGAGAAUCCAUUAAUUGCUACUGAGAUUGAGAAUGUCUUGAGAUGGGUUAGUUAUCUGGUUUCAGGUCGAUUCAAUAAUUCCAAUAUAAUCUCCGAGUUGGUUUACACAUCCUCUUCUUUACUACAAAUAUGCAAUGAUAUUCUACUUAGAAGAGCAUUCAAUUGGAAAUCAAAUUUUAGCGAUGUGGUGGAAAGAUUGAAAAUCUUUGUUACUGUCAUCGAAUACACUCAAGUUUUCUUCGAAAUAAGUGCAAAGAAAUUAGCUGGUGAAGCUGGAAAAUGGAUCAUAAUCUCUGUUAUUCAAAUUACCAAGGCUGUGGUCAAGUUGAUUCUCUUAUUCAAAUACAAUACUGGACUCCAGCGUCAAAUUGCUUUCAUGCCUUUGGAUAGACAGAGAGAUGUUCCAACCAGAGGCCUUAACCCUCCUACAGUUGAAACUGAGCCUUCUCCUGAUCAAUCAGGUAAUCAACCCAAUGGACAGUCAAUUGUCACCCUACCUCGAUCAGGGCGAGUGAUUCGCACCUUGGACAAUGCUCCUCCGCGUCAGAAAAGGACUUGGCGUCUUCCAACUGAAACAACUUUAAUCAAUCAAAUUCUUGGUAGAGAAGAUAAAAACGCUCCACCAACGGUUCUGAAUGAUAUUCAAAAGUUGGCUGAGGUUCUUCAUAUCCUUCGACCUCUUGUUCAUCUUUCAACCAUGAAAACUUUCGGACCGAAUUCAUGGACGCCGAGUGUUGUCUCGUUCGGAAUGGAUGUCACAAGUUUAAGACUAUUGAACCAACCUCGUAAUCUCUGGAAUGCCAGUGAAAGAUUAGAAUUAAAUCAAAGAUCAUUCUCACUAUUCCUCUACCUGAUGAGAUCCCCGUUCUAUGAUAAAUACACCAAAGUUAAAAUUAUCCGAAUUUUGACCAUUUUAUCUGAAAGAAUACCUUUAUUUGGAUCCCUUUUAAAACCUCUCAUUCAAUAUCUACCUGAAUGGCAAAGAACUUAUUUCUACGUUUGGAAUGCCUAAUCAAAUCAAUCUCUUUUGUAUUCACCUUAAUCCCGUCUUUCGUUCAAAAAUCAUACCCCUGUUCCCGUUUCGAGACUCAAGAACUCAAUUGAAAUAAUGUCCACAAUUGUCCCGAAAGUCUCAGUGAUUUUGUCUCCUUGUUCUCAACUCUUUUUUAUUAUAACUUAUUCCAAGUUAUCGUAAUCAUUUAAAAUUUAUUUCAUGGGUAAGGGUUUUCAACAAUUUCAAUGAAAAAGGUUCUAUUUGUAUCUCCAUCUUCAGAUGAUUAUCUUAAUCAUCAAGAUAAUUGUAAAUAAAUUAACUAUGUAAUCUACGUUAACGGUUAUUAUAUAAGAAAGAAUUAUAAAAAUUGGUCCACUUGA